GGGUUACCAGUUGAGCAAUCAGCUUCUUCUUCCUCUUCAUCAAUUUCUCAUCUUUCCUAGUUUCCCUGUUUUCAGAGCUCGCUGCCAGCUCAGCCAGCCUCCAGCAAGAGAGGCGUCCACUCGCUAUUCUUAUUUAUUAUUUCAGCCAGCCACUCCAUAUCACCUAUCAAGUAAUCUUACCGAAUGUCCAGUACUGAACCAUCCAGAAGACCACCUCUUGCCGGUAAACCACCAUUUGCAACAGACGAUCCAGACGAACUUUUCGAUCAGCCCCCGCCUUCAAAGCGCCGUGUUCGUAAACCAGCAGAACCCAAUCCCAACGACCGCACGUCUGCCUAUAAUAUGUACGAUCAAUAUCUUGACCAUGCAGAUACCUCCAACCGCCAGUCUGGUUUCGGUGCAGUUGGACUAGGUCUUAUGACCGGGGACUUGAGUGACGACGAAGACGAAGACGUCCUUAUGCACAAGUCCCCUAUGGCGAUCGAGCCUAAGCACGGUGGUACUAUGAAUGCAGUCCCGAUACCCCUCGCUGCUCCACGUCCUGGCUAUCCAGCCCCCGUCUCAGCACUCAAUAUACCAUCUCCUGCUGCAACCCCCGAAAUGAGACAGAUCACUCAGCCUCCCCCUAUGCAUCAGCCUCAGCCUCCCAUGCCAAAUGCACUGAGAGUCAUCCGUCCCCCGGCUGACACUCGUUCGCCACAGAUGCCUAUCCCCAUUUACGAGACUCCUGCGCCUCGUCCAUCUGUCCCAAACACUCCGCACCCACUCCAGCCACCGAUGACUCCAAUCACUCCCGUUUUUGCUCGUCCCGCCAAGUCACCCACCCCUAGAGAUAUCCAGUUCACAGGUGAUACAAUCAUACGUGGAGGCUCAGAGGAUAACUUAGUGCCGAGGCGUGGCGAGAGGGGAGACGACUUCUGGAGGAGGUUCAGCAUUGUUGCGAGGGACGAGAAGAAGACGAGUUCUUGGUUGAUCAAGACGCAGAGCGGAUCUUCAAGCUUGUCACGCUGGGUGUGGUUCGUCGGGGUUGUGUUGUUAAUCUGCAUUGCUGCUGGUGUCGGAAUCGGUUGGUAUAUCUCUCAUAAGUCGACAUCCAACACUGCUCCAAAGGCUAUCGGAGGCAGCGCUAACGAAACUAUGAGUCCCUCCAGUAGCACUCAUGCGUCGAGCGCGGGUUCUUCGUCCACAUCUUUGCACGUUUCCCCUACGAACACGGUUGCACGCCGUAACGAGGCGGAGCCUACACCUGCUCUUCAUGGCAGGGUGGUCGAAGAGUUUUUGGAAGCGGUUGGCCAAGCUCAAGCGGUUCAACAAAACGUGCCUGUGGGAAGGAGCAGGAAGCAUCGCCGCCAUGUUGGCGCGAUCCAGUUCUAACUUGCCCUUCUUUUACUCCGUUCUCAUUCAGGGUCACACUCCCUUCCAUGGUUUAGGGUUCAUGCUCGGAUCUUCGUCUAGGUAGACCAUACUUCUGGUUGCUUACACGCCUUGAUUCCAUUCUUGGGGUGUCCAUCCUUAAGGAUGAAUCCCUGUCCUUUCGUUUAAUCAAUCUCAUCAGUGGGAUGAAUCUGUACUUAUCAAGUAUUGCAGCAGUUCAAUUUCUUACUCAAAUUUCUUUCAUCCAACGAUUUUUUUCGUUUACUCCCUGGAGAAUGUCCCGUGCAUAUACCUUCAUAACCUUCGAUACCUACACAUAUACAUUGGAACAAUACGAUUGCUUGAGUCGGGAACCGAGAGGAUCUUGUCGGCUACUAAGUACCAUCCUGCUCUUGUGGGGCCAUGGGCCCAUCUG